AUGGAAGAAUCGUUGCAUGCUGAUGAAGUCGUCCAUGCAAUGGCAUCGCUGGUUCAGUCUAGCUUUGGGCCAUUGGGGGCGGAGACGUUGCUCUUCUGUCCACCAGAGCCACCCAUUCUCACGUCGUCGGGAUACACGAUUCUUCAUUACGCCGACAUGACCAAAUCACAUAUAGCCCACCCGAUGAAGUCGUUCCUAAUGCAAAAAGUCCGGGCCGUGUACCGUGACAUGGGAGAUGGAGUCUCACAGUACUUGCUCCUUCUUGACUUGAUCUUGCAGCGAAUUGAGAUAUCUCGCGUGUGGUCCACGGCAUUCGCCACCGCCAAGUCCUCCAUCGGUCCGCUGUUUCAUGCCACGUUCGAUACUUCCACAAUCCGCACCGCUGUGAUCUUUGACGCUGUUACACGGCUUCCUUCUCCUUCCCUCCAUGAAGCUGCAAGGGCAAUCGUCACCACGGCGCUCACUGGACUCUUCAACCCCAGCGUCGUGGCGUAUCUUGCAGACUUGACUGUGGACUGGAUGUUCAAAUCUGUGGCAGCCUCGUUCCAUCACUUGCUUCCUACGACCCCAGCCGACUUGCAUGUGUACCUCGAUCACAUCCAACGACAUGCCAACGACACGUUGCUUCAAUUGUCCAUGGGGCCCUUGGAUGCAUCCCGCAUCACGAGGCGUCACGAGUACCUCAUCCGCCUCUCGUCGCACUCCAACGUCACCCUUCGCGACGAGAAACUGCCCAUGGGGCAACGCAUCGUUCUGUUUGUCGGCAGCCUCGACCAACUGGGUGCCAGUGCUGUCGAAGUGCAAGUGCCAUCUGCCACCACGUAUCUGUCGUCGAUUCACUGGAGUGCCCAGCGUGUGGAUGAGUUUGUGACAACGCUCAAGUCACAGCAUCAAGUCAACUUGGUCCUGUGCUCGGAAUGCGCCCCCGACCACGUCGUCGCGAGCUGCGUCCAACACGGCAUCGUCUGCCUUCCGUUCGUCGACAAAGCUGAUCUGUUUGCUCUCGCUGCCCGCACGGGUGUGUCGUGGCUCACAAAUGUGUUCGAUCCUAUCGACGAAGCCCGCCACGUUGCCGUCAACACGGCCCCCCUGCGCCUCAUUCGCGCGGGAGGGGCGUCCUUUGUCGUCUUGGAUGCCCUGACCUGCCCCUCCACGUCGUCAUAUUCCCCCACGAAAGAAGCCACGGAGGUGAGGGUUGUCGUCCCUCAAGUGCUGCUACGAGCUCCGUCCAAGGGACUGUGCAAGCAGUACUAUUACGCUGUCAAGAAAGGUUUGCGCGUGUUGCGGUUCUGGUGCUCCAGCAGCAGUAUGACGAGCCCGUCGUCGUUCUGUCACGAUGACGUGGCAACACCACAAACGUACCUGGCAAGUCUAGGUGGCGCCCAAGCCCCCGAGCUCGGCUUGGCCCAUGCGUUGAUGCAUUCUUCGCCCCUGUCGUCUCUUAUUCCAUUGCCAGUCCGAGCGAUCCUCGCACAAGCUCUUGUGGGCACGUACAGUCUGUUGCGGGCCAACUCGACGGCUUCGUCGACAUCCGCUCCAUUUCCAGCUGUCCACCACCACCCCAUCCUCAUGGGCCGGAUAGACCUCGACACUUGUUGUGACGACACGCCCAACAAUCAAACGACUUCCCGCCACGAGGCCAUCAAGGGCGUGGUGCUGGACAUGCGAGCCGUGCUGACCACCCACGCUGGACCGGUGGAGGUAACCCGAGUCGUGGAGGCGCGGCCAGAAGAGUAUGGCGUGGUGCAUCCGCUGGGGCACUGCUGUCGACUGUUGGAGCAUGUGCUGGGUACGUUGGAGGAAGUGUGUCGUCUGGACAAGCAAUUCCUUCGCGUGCGGCGGCGACGGACUGCGAAGGAACGGGAGGACGAUGGGCCAUAGGACGGCGAGGACAGUGCAUGCAAAAGGAUCCAGGGAAGUAGGUGGAGUGAAAUAGAGAAGAGCUAAUUUUAUUAUG